AUGUCUCAUAAUUCCUCGGACUUGGAUAAAAUCGAGACAAAAUCUGUGGCAAAUCUCGAAACUGUGAGCCUUUCAGCGCCAGGAUCCUCAAAUGAUCUCUUCGGCGUGGAUGAUUCGCAGCUCCACCGCUCCCUAAAGGAUAGGCAUAUUGGCAUGAUUGCGCUAGUCAGCGUCUUUGGUACAGGUCUAUUUUUAAGCAGUGGUGGAACUCUAGCGAAGACUGGACCUGUUGGAAUGCUUAUAGCUUAUGCUAUUAUCGGUGUUGUUGUUGGCUUGAAUCAGCUGGCAAUGGCGGAAACUGCUGCUUUGGCACCACUUACAGGAGCAUCCAUCCGUCACGCUGAAAUCUUCAUUGACGAAGCAGUCGGGUUUGCACUGGGGUAUCUCAAGUUGUGGCAGAACCUUCUUCCUGGUGGGGUUGUCUCGGCGGCGUUGGUGAUUCAAUACUGGAGCGAUCUCAGCCCCGCCGUUUGGAUCACGGUUCUGGCAGUUCCCAUUGCGGUCACGAACCUGUUCUCGAUCCGGAUCUAUGGAGAAGUCGAGUUUGUGUUUGGGAUGUUGAAAAUCUGUCUGAUUGUGAUGCUGGUGCUUGCGGGACUAGUAUUGGACCUUGGGGGUGUCAAGGGCCAGGAAAGACUUGGUUUCCACUACUGGAAAGACCCUGGCCCAUUUGCGGCGUUCAUCGAGAGCGGGGCCGUGGGGCGGUUUGUCGGGUUCUGGGCGGCGCUGUCGUCGGUGGUGUACUCGUACGGCGGGGUUCAGGGCAUUGCGCUGCUCGCCGGAGAGACGAAGAACCCCCGCACCAACAUCCCCAAGGCCGCAAAGCGAAUCCUGUACCGAGUGGUCGGGCUGUACAUGGUGGCUGUGUUUGUGCUGACGCUGAUCGUGCCGUACGACGACAAGAAGAUCGCGGUGAGUGACGGCACGGCAGCCCACUCGCCGUACGUGAUUGCGUUUGAGCGCGCGGGCAUCAAGGUGCUGCCGCACGUGGUGAACGCGCUCACUCUCACGUCUGCGUGGUCGGAGGGCAACGCGAGCGUGGCGAACUCGGCGCGGAUCCUGUUUUCGCUGGCGUCGAAGGGCCAGGCGCCGCGGGUGUUCCUGCGCAGCAACGCGCGGCUGCGGGUGCCGUUUGUCGGGGUGUCGGUGGCGCUGGUGCUGCUGGCGCUGGCGUACAUGUGCGUGGACAGCACGGCGGCGACGGUGUUCAGCUGGUUCCAGAACAUCACGUCGUCGGUGCUGCUGCUGGACUGGAUUGUGAUUGCGGCGAACCACAUCCGGAUGAGCAGGGCGCUGGCGGCGCAGGGGUACACGCGGGCGGCGCUGCCGUACCGCAACCGGGCUGCGCCGGUCGGGGCGUGGGUGUCGCUGGUGGCGUCGGUGGUGCUGCUGGUGACAGGCGGGUUCACGACGUUUCUGCGGGGCCACUGGAGCACGUCGACGCUGGUGUCUGCGUACUGCUCGCCGGUGCUGUUUGUGGUGCUGUACGCGGGGUGGAAGGUUGUGCGCGGGACGCGGCAGGUGCCGCUGGAGGAGGUGUGCAUUGGUGCGCUGCUGGAGGACUACCGGACGAGGCCGGAGGAGGGGGAGCCAGAGACGGCGAAGCCGGCGAAGCGGGUAGCUAAGAAGGUUGUUUCUUUUCUGUGGUCGUAG